AUUAGCCGAAGGGCCGCGUCUGUUUCCCGGCAUGCCUUUCGAGUGAGCAACCCUUCAGACCAAAGGACACCGGAGGAUCGGGAUUACUGCGGAUCUUAUCUGUGAACGAUCUCCAGCAACUAAAGAUGUCUGACGUGAUCGAGGAGAAGAUCAAGAACUACAGGACGGCUCCAUUUGAUGCCCGUUUCCCCAACACCAACCAGACACGCAACUGUUACCAGAACUAUCUGGAUUUCCACAGAUGUAACAAGGCUCUGUCCGCCAAAGACCAGGACACGGCUCCCUGUCAGUGGUACCAGAGGGUCUACAAGAGCCUCUGCCCCAUGAGCUGGGUUCAAAAAUGGGAUGAUCAGCUGGAGGCGGGAACUUUCCCCGGGAAGAUCUGAACGGUCACGUUCCUCUCCGUCCCUCCUUUACUCUCUUCACCUCAAUAUCUUAAUGUGAAGCGUUCUGCUCGUCCUGUACAGAAGCAACUAAAUAAAUUAUAUAAUGUUACUGUGAA